CGCGCGUGGGGGAUUUCUUCGGCGAGGGGGGUUGCGGAGAUGGGACCUGCGAUUUUGUUUUUUUCUGUUGUCAGUGGGGAUUUGUGGAGGGGAAGAUGGGGGUUGCUGCGAACCUAGUGCGCAGAAUGUCCUGGUAUAUCGACAAACACUCCAUCGCCACAUUAUCCCCCCACCCACUUCCUCCCUCCACGAUAUCAUCCUUUGUCUCUCCAUCUUGCCUGCCCGGACCCGUCUUCCUCGCAUCAUCCCACGACUCCACCCAUUCACCAACGCACCUCCCGCCAGGUAAGCAAACAUGAUCAACAGCAGGCCCCAUUUUUCAAACCUGUCUACGCCUUCCACACUCCUACCCCUGGAUCGUACGAGUAAGUAGAACGAUUGGACUAACCCCGCUGCGAUGUAUGCGGAGCACGAACAACUCAAGAUCCAGCCGAGUGAAGCCAUGACGCCAGAGAUGUAACUCAGAUACUUCCGAAUCGAAGGGGGUGCGAAGGCCGCGGUGUAACUAGCCAUUGCACCUGAGCUUGGGUGCAUACUCGCCAUUUCCGCGAGCGAAAGGAUCACGGUGGUGAAGGCGAGACUGGUCAGGACGAAUGUUGCCAGCAGGGGCCCUGGGGUAGCAGUAGUGGAUGGAGAAAGGAGAAGAAGCAGCGUGUACGGAUACGUUGCUUUCAGUACCAAAAAGACGUAUCCAAAAACGUCAAACCUCGCCAUCUUUCUGACCAGUUCCUGUUUCCGUUGCAUGCGAGCCAUAUCGCUCUUGUCUUCGUCUUCCGCUCCUUCCGCUGCAUUUUCUUGGUCUGACGAAUCGCCGGAAUCACCGUCAUCGUCGUCGUCGUCGUCAUCACUAGAUCCAUCCAUCCUCGGAGCAUUAUCAUCAUCCUCAAUACCAACGACCUGCGAAAGUGGGCUUGGCGUAUUCGUAUGAUGAAUCAUUUGCGAUCUAGAUGGCUGAAUAGCGUCGAGUUGGCGAGCGAGCGUUGGGGGAUGGUUGGUAGUGAUUGGAGUAGAGUUGGAGGAGAGAGAUGGAGGAGGUUGGUGGAGAGGAUCCAGGGAAAGGGAGCCUAGGGGGUUAGACAUUGUCGAUUUGACAAAGCGUGAGACGGAUAGGUUU